AUCGUGCGGAACACACAACACUGGCAAAGCCAAUACACAUCUCUCUUUCUGCAGAGCAGAAAUGGCAAAGGCGCCUCUGUUACGUGCAAACACAAAGGCUUCUAUCUGGUCACAAUCGAGCCCAGAAGUCUUAAGAUUGAAGGAGGACCAAGAACGCAAGCAGAACUGGAAGCGUUGGGGUCCUUAUCUUUCUGAACGGCAAUGGGGCACAGUCAGAGAAGACUAUUCAGCUGAUGGGGGCUGUUGGGAUUAUUUCACCCAUGACCAGUCAAGAUCCAGGGCGUACCGCUGGGGCGAGGACGGUUUGCUGGGGAUAACUGAUCGUGAAUGUCGGCUAUGCUUCGGUCUUUCUCUAUGGAAUGGAAAAGACCCGAUAUUGAAGGAGAGAUUGUUUGGCCUGACUGGACCAGAAGGUAAUCAUGGUGAAGAUGUAAAAGAAUGUUACUAUUAUCUUGACUCUCUGCCUACGCACAGCUACAUGAAAGCUCUGUACAAAUAUCCCCAAAAUGAGUUUCCAUAUCAGUGGAUUGUUGAGGAGAACAGGCGAAGAACUGUUCAGGAUUUGGAAUUUGAACUUUGUGAUACAGGUGUAUUCGACGUAGGUUAUUGGGACAUCACGGCGGAAUAUGCAAAAAAUGCUCCAAAUGAUAUCUUGAUAAAAAUCACCGUUAGCAACCGCGGGACAGAUCCAGCCACCAUCACAGUCCUGCCAACACUCUGGUUUCGAAAUACCUGGAUCUGGGGGUGUACGCACGAGGGUUGCACCAUGAAGGCUAGGAUAAAGCAGGAAGGCGCGGGACGUGUCAGGACAAAGCAUGAUACAUUGGAUGAUUUUGUGUUUGACUUUGAGGGCUCGGAGCAGGGCAGUGAGGCAACGUUGCUUUUUACUGAAAACGAAACAAAUAGCGAGAAAUUGUACGGGGUAUCCCAGUACACGUCUUACACAAAGGAUGCGUUUCAUCGUUACGUCAUAAACGACGAGAAAGAGGCGAUCAGUCCUGAUAAACGAGGCACAAAGGUCGCCGCGCAUCACGUGUUGGAGGUCCAGGGGGGUGAGGAACGCGUUCUCAGAUGCAGAUUAACCAUCGCUAAGGACGCCUCAGAUAAACCCUUCGGUGAAGACUUUGAGAAGAUUUUUAAAAGUAGGAAAAAAGAUGCUGAUCAGUUCUAUGACGCUGUUAUAUCAGAUAAACUUUCGGACGAGGAGAAGUUGGUUUCUCGACAGUCGUAUGCCGGCCUGCUUUGGACUAAACAGUUUUAUCAUUAUAUCAUCAAGGACUGGCUCAUCGGAGAUCCCGAACAACCCGCGCCACCCGAAAGUCGGGCGCAGGGACGAAACUCGGAGCCUGAGUGGAGGCAUCUGUUUAAUAGAGACAUUAUAUCAAUGCCCGAUAAGUGGGAGUAUCCAUGGUAUGCAUCUUGGGAUCUUGCCUUCCACAUGGUCCCAAUGGCCAAGAUCGAUCCAGAAUACGCUAAAUCUCAACUUCUCCUGUUCCUUCGUGAAUGGUACAUGUCUCCUAACGGUCAACUGCCUGCGUACGAGUUCGCUUUGAGCGACGUGAACCCCCCGGUUCAUGCAUGGGCGUGUCUGUGCGUCUACAGGAUGUCUGGACCAAAAGGAAAGAGGGAUGACGUGUUCCUUGCACGUUGUUUUCAAAAGUUGCUCUUGAAUUUUACAUGGUGGGUGAAUCGGAAAGAUCCAAAUGGAAGAAACAUUUUUGGUGGAGGAUUUCUGGGUCUUGACAACAUCGGUGUUUUUGAUCGUUCAAAACCUCUCCCAACUGGUGGUUAUCUCGAGCAGGCUGAUGGCACAGCUUGGAUGGCGUUUUACUGCACCGUCAUGCUUUCGAUUGCCCUGGAACUUGCGGUGUGGAAAGAUCCCAGUUACGAAGACAUGGCUUCGAAGUUCUUCGAACAUUUUGUCGAUAUUUCCGACGCGAUGAACCACAAAGGAUUGUGGGACGAGGAAGAUGGAUUCUACUACGAUCAACUAAGGUUUGACGAGAGGCGAGAAUGUAAACUCCGUGUGAGAUCCAUGGUGGGACUCAUACCUCUCUACGCGGUCCUGGUAAUCAACGACGAGUAUGUUGACAAACUGCCCGGGUUCAAGAAAAGAAUGGACUGGUUCUUGAAAAACAGAGAAGAUUUGAGAAAUGAGAUAUCGUACAUGAAUAUAGACGGCGCCUCAAAAUAUCAUCACUUGCUGGCCAUUCCUUCGCCAGAUAAACUCCGCUCUGUACUCAAGUACUUACUGGAUGAAGAUGAAUUCCUUUCUCCGUACGGGGUAAGAGCCCUGUCUCGCUAUCACAAGGACCAUCCGUUCGAAGUGAACGUAGAAGGGGUCAGUCAUCGCGUUGAGUAUGUCGCGGCCGAGUCGAACACCUACAUGUUUGGCGGUAAUAGCAACUGGCGAGGCCCUAUAUGGUUGUGUGUGAAUUACCUUCUGGUCGAAUGCUUGGAGCGAUACGAUUAUUUCUUCGGAGAUCAGUUUAAAGUGGAAUGUCCAACUGGCUCAGGGAACAUGAAACGACUGCGAGAUGUGAGCGCGGAGAUACGGAACCGUCUUACCCAUAUCUUCCUGCCCGAUGAAAAUGGUCGUCGACCCUGUCAUGGCGAUGAUGAAAGAUACGCAGUGGACGAGAACUGGAAAGAUCUUGUUUUGUUUUACGAGUUUUUCGAUGGCGACACUGGCCGGGGUUGUGGGGCAAGCCACCAAACUGGCUGGACCUCAGUAGUCUCACGCUGUUUCGACAAAAUUGCGGCUGCUCGCGAGCAGGAAGAUGACUCUUGAAUAAGGAAACCACAAAAACUAGUGGAUGUGAAAGUUUUAACACUAAUCAAUCACCCUUACACUGGGGCAGAAGAUUCCCUGCUACAGGGCAAGCCCUCAGCACUCUUUACAUUUUUAUUAUCUUUCUACUGUUAAUUCGAAGACUAAUCCAGUUGAUGUAGUUAUUUUAUGGAUUGUAAAAUAUUGAAUCAAAUAUUUAACAAUACUCUUUCACU